AUGAAGGAUGAGGGAUAUUCGGCUGUUGUCUGCGCCGUGCUCCACGAUCAUGACGACGAUAGCAGGGAGGAGAAGGCACGACGCGCGGAAUUACUCGAACAUCUCCGUGAAGUGCACCCAAUAACGUCAUCAAAACACGACCAUCUGCUCGCUCAAUGUCUACAAAAGCUAAGUUAUCAAGUCGAAUUAAUCGCACAUCUACCGUCUACCGAAACAAUGAUUGUGUACAUAUUCAAUGAAGAGACGUGCAGACAAUACGCUGCUAACACAGAAGAAACCUAUACAUUUGACGUUGGACAUCAUACAAACUUCAAGAUCAAAUUCGCUAUAGCACGAUUCAAUGGUGAAAGUCGCAAAACAAUUGUUCGAUCUGGAUCGAUCAUAAAACGAAUAAUGCAACUAGAUCGAAAAGAAGAUGAAUGUAUACAAAUCGCUCAGCUGCCGAUCAAUAGCACAGUGAAAAAAUCGAUAUCGUUAAAAGGACGUGUGUAUACGGUUGAAAUGAAGUUGCUGAAGCAUAUCGAUUAUGACCAUAUUCCACGUCUCAGCUGCGAGGAUUUACUCGAAUUCACACGUGCUCUUCACGAAUACGAUGCAGAAGCUACAGUAGGAGAUGGCGGUGAAUACUCUGGAGAACUAUCGGAUCGAUCCUUUGCUCUACUGCAUCGUGCCGCUCAUUUCUCGAAUAUUCCUCCAGAAGUGUUAAAAAUUGUGACGUUAUCCGUAUUUCUCGUCUGGGACAAUUCGAGAACCACAUUGGAUGAGUCGGCGAUCACACGAGUGGUGAAACAACUGAAAGAACAACAAAAUGUUGUUAAAAGCGAGAUUUUGGAAAUCGCCUUAGCUCAUCUAGCUGAAUGUGUGUGUGCAGAAUUACGUGAAGUGCUCCAACAAUUCAUCGAUCAAUCGCUAUUCCCACCGGAUGGCUAUCAUAUCCUGAAGGCGAUGAAUACGGCGCUCAAGACAGUAGUGGACAUAUGUAUGUUGUCGGUGUGGGACGCCUCCACCUCUAACGAUCCAUCGCCGGUUCUUACCGAUGAACUCGUCCAAAUGGUGAAACAUUCUGUGGAAGAAUGGAUCGUGCAGGCGUUCAAACCACAAACCGAAAAGGACGGUUGUCUUACCAUCCAGGACAUGUGGGAAAUGUUACAACGUAAUUUCCAAAGCUACAAUCUUUUCUUUCAUCAAUUCAACAUCAACUACGUUGAAAUCACACUAAAAACCAUAGACGAGAAGCUGGAAUCAUUCUGUAACGAAUAUUUGUCCGAGCGCCUCGCUCAGUUGGAUUCACGCCAAGGAGAUCAAUUGGAGACUUUUACUAAGUACACCAUGCGACUCUAUGAUACUUUACAUUCGCUGGCUGAAUUCGGCAGAAGAAAUCGCAUCGAAAAUCUACAAAUAUACGAUUUUGAGAAUUGGUUCUCACGUGCUACAGUAUUCUGGACGUAUUCGUGGCGGGAUAUCAGCCUCAAGAUGGUUGCUCGUACCAUAUCGCUAAACAAUGACGGCGAGGCGACAAAGUAUGAACACCGCAGACCGCUACCUGGAGGGCUAUACUCAUUUCUUUGCAUUCAGAAGGGACUCUCCGAUGACUACUCAAUGCUAGCAUUCCAACGACCUGAACAUAUGUUUAUGGGAUCAAUAUCGCUAGUUCACAUCUACUCGGAAAACAUCUACGCCUAUGCAAAGAAACUACACAGCGAUGCGCUCUCAAGCGACUCGGACACUGAUUCACGGAUCGUACGUGCAGUGAACGGGAUCGAACAGGCGUUGUUGUUCAUUUCGGAACGCUGGCGACGUUUUAUCGACUUUGAUCGUAUUGCUACCGUAAUCUCGAAGGAGGACGCCGCAUCACUUGAAAAUACCUGCACUAGUGUGCUCGAGAGCACUAGAAAGAAAUGUGAACAAAUCAUGAACGCUCUGCUACGAAUCUACAGCCGAUCUAAACGUGAUGACGUCAUAAAAAUAUCGAAAAGCAUUACGAUUGACAGUUAUGAACACAGUAAAACUCUUGCAGCUUAUAUGCGUGAAAUUUCCACAGUCGAACGGAUUCAUGCUGUUUUGGAUAGUGUGGAUCGAUUGGCAUGUGAUGUUCGAGGAGAACUUUUGCAUAGAUGCUCAGAAAUUGCCCUGAAAAUUCUUCACAAAAUGCUUGAGACUGAGAUUUUACGACAUUUGAAAAAGCACCAUAAUCCUGACUAUUACUCCGAUAUCUAUGUUACCUUGAAAGCGAUCCAUGCAAUACUCGAAAUCCCACCAGAGUCGUCGGAUGUGACGUCAUUGCUGUAUUUGCACAGUUUCACCACAGAUGAACUGAUUCUCUCCUACUAUGGCCGGGUGGCAGAAGAUGUACAUACUCACCUUAACGAACACGCUCCACAAAUCAAUAUUCAAGUUGGCUACCUGCCAACGUCAGGAGAGAAUGCACUCAUUCUACUAAAAAUUGUUGGUUUGGAGAACGCGCCGGAACUGAACAUGCUCUAUGAUCGUGUUGAUCCGUUCGUACGUAUCGAAUUGCUUCCUCCCAGCUUAUAUCCAGCACAUUGUUUCCCGCUUUACAAGUCAAGGACACUCGCACAAUCCGAGAAAUCAACGUGGAAUCAGGAUUUUCAGUUCCUUGUCCCUCAGCAACUUUUCUACACCUACGGAUCCUGUCUAUGCAUCUCAGUACUGGAUCAUGACCGGAUUUGUGACCAGCUGAUCGGUCGAACGUUCCUUGCCACUAAUCAGUUGCCUCGUUUGCAAUGUCUGUCGACUAGCAAACUUCCGCCACCGAUGCGCCUUCCUUUGGUGCAGCAUGGUGAAGGGCAUCAGCAAUCAUACUACAAGAUGCUGAAGGAGCGCAGCACGUACGACAAAACCGCCAAAGCAUUCAUCAGACGUGAAAAAGCCGCUAAGGAAAUGUAUUUGAAGUGUUUGUCACGGCGGUUCUCUAUAAGACUUAAAAAUCUCAGUAAGUACAGCAUUCGAGAAACGCGAGAAUAA